UCAAGCCAUCUUCUGGCCUUGGCCUCCCAAAGUUCUGGGAUUAUAUGUGUGAGCCACCACAUCUGGCUGAGAAGCAUAUCAUCAGAGCUCCUGGUGUAGUCCCAUUCUUCUAAGGGGGUACCCAGCCCCAUCACCCCCUUCCUUCCCUGAGCCCCCGCAUUGGGCCUCACACAUCCAAGUUUCCAGGAGGCUUGAAAACCUGGAAGGCCCCCUCCAGUAGGAGCGACCCUGGUGCAGACAGACCUGGAGGCGGACUCUGCUGCAGAGAAGUUUCCAGAAGCUUACAGAAGAGGGGUGAGGAAGGGGGCAGGGGUGAUAUCUUGAUUGGCCCACUGGCCCUGACUUGGCUCCUAUGUUUCCCCAGCACCCUGCUUCUGGCCUGGAGGUACUGGAGGCUGAGCAGGACAGCCUACACCUGUCCCUGCUGGGGCUGGGCCUCUGGCUGCAGGACCUGGAGCAAGGCCCAGGGCGCUGGGCGUUGGCCCAGAGCGGGAUGGUGCAGCUGCGGGCCCUCCAGGCGGACCUACGAGGGGCAGCUGAGCGUGUGGAGGCGCUGAUAACGUUUGGUGAGGGGCUGGCACAGCGGAGUGAGCCGAGGGCCUGGGCAGCCCUGGAGCAGAUCCUGCGGGCCCUGGGAGCUCACCGAGACACCAUCUUCCGGAGGCUGUGGCAGCUGCAGGCCCAGCUGGUCAGCUACAGCCUGGUGUUUGAAGAGGCCAACACACCGAACCAGGACUUGGAGAUCGAGGGAGACUCGGACUGGCCAGGACCUGGUGGCAUGUGGGGGCCCUGGGCACCCAGUAGUCUUCCCACUUCUGCAGAAUUGGAGUGGGAUCCAGCGGGGGACAUUGGGGGCCUUGGGCCCUCAGAACAAAAGACUGCCCGGAUACUAGGAGCGCCCUGUGAGCUGUGUGGCCACAGAGGCCCCCAGGGCAGGGUACAAGGCCUUGAGGAACCACACACCUCUCACUCCCGACAGGACAUGCUGGAGUCCAGCCUCAGCCACUGGAAACACUUAGCAGGUCACCGAAGACGCUCCCUGCUCCGAAAGCCUCAGGGCUCCCGAUCCUGCAUCCAGGUGGCCCCUGACCUUCCUCCUUAUCCUUUUCCUCCUCUUCCUCCUCCUGGUGGGUGCCGUGUUUCUCCUGCCUGUGUCAGGAGGCCCCUGCUGCUUUCACGGCCGAAUGCCCCGGAUACCCUACCUAGUGCUCAGCUAUGUCAAUGGUCUUCCCCCAGUCUGAUGUGUCUAAUAAAUGGUCACUGUCAAAGGAAGUGUGAGGAUACUGGGUGCUUGCAUACCCAGAAUCUAGAAUGUGGCCUGGAUAUAUCUGGACAGACCCUUUUGCCAUGAGCACAGAACACAGAACUGCAUCAGCCCAUCUUGGGUGGGGCUGCUCCAGACCCUGACACAAAGGGUCAAAUACCAGUUCUUUAUUUAGGUGUGGCAGGGGAUCCAAGAUGUAAGCUCAGGAAGGGAGAAAGCCAAUACUGGGUGAGUUACUGGUUGCUGCUCUGGGCACCUGGGGUGCCAUGCCAUUGGGGAGCUCUGGGAAAUUGUGGAACACAGUUCAAACUGGUUCUACCCUAGGGGCAAAGAAGUGGCUUUUUUCUUUUUUUUUUCGACAGAGUCCUACUCUGUCGCCCAGGUUGGAAUGCAGUGGUGCAAUCUCA